CGAUCACUCUCACACGCGCUUACGCACACCUCGCAGAAGGACGCACGCCGGUGUCCGAGCGGCGCGGGCUUACAGCAAUCAAGGAGCGCGAGACAGAGACAAGCUUUACGAGCUUUUCUUCUUUCUUGGUGGGAGGGGAAGAGCCUAACCGGGACUGAGCUUUUUUUAGGGGACAGCUGAGGACUUCCACCCGCCGCCACGAAGCGGCAAAAGGCGAACCUCGUGUGCGCAAAAACACGCGAGGAAGCGGCGGUUCGGAGAAUAACGGGGUCCGGGUUGGAACUUGACGCGUCUUGGAGCCGCUAUCCAGACUCCCGAAGCCCCGUGGGCCGAGGGGGAGUUUGCUCCUUUACCAAAUUCUGGAUCAAAUAAUACAUGGACAAAUGAACUCUUCUCCGUGACGCGCGCCCACAGGUUAAACAAAUGGUUUAAUAAGCACUGAAGGAUAUUUUUCAUUUGUUUUUUGUUUUUUAAUUGAAGCUUUUUACAUUUUUUGCCGCUGGAUGGUAUUUUGCAUCUUAGGUGGAAGCAUCGGGACAUUUAGAGCAAGUUUUUCCUACAGCUAAGAUGGAUUUGGUGGCGUCUGUGAUUGGAUUUUUAAUGGCACUCUGUCAUCUGACAUGGAGAGUCAAAGGAGAGUGUGGAGGCGUCUUAGAUGCCAGCAAGGCUGGCUACAUCACCUCACCUGGUUAUCCUCUGGAGUACCCACCUCAUCAAAACUGCCGUUGGAUCAUCAAGGCGCCGGAGCAGUCCCAGCGCAUCAUCCUCAACUUCAAUCCUCACUUUGAGAUCGAGAGGCUCGACUGCAAAUAUGACUUCAUAGAAAUCCGUGAUGGGACUUCAGACUCGGCUGAUGUUUUGGGUCGACACUGCAGCAACAUCGCCCCAGCACCCAUCAUCUCAUCAGGUCCAUCGGUGCAAGUCCGGUUCGUUUCGGACUACGCCCAUCAGGGGGCGGGCUUUUCUCUCCGCUAUGAGAUCUUCAAAACAGGGUCCGAGUUUUGCUUCCGCAAUUUCACCAACCCAUCCGGCACGAUUGAGUCCCCGGGGUUUCCAGACAAAUAUCCUCACAAUCUGGAGUGCUUUUACAUGGUCAUAGCCCCACCCCACAUGGACAUUACCCUGACGUUCUUGACCUUUGAUCUGGAGAACGACCCUCUUCAGGUGGGCGAAGGCGAGUGCAAGUACGACUGGCUGGACGUUUGGGAUGGACUUCCACAAGCGUCUCCGCUGAUUGGCCGGUACUGCGGGACAAAAAUCCCUCCAGAGAUCCAGUCGUCUUCGGGCCUACUGUCCCUCUCCUUCCACACAGACAUGGCGGUGGCCAAAGACGGCUUCUCCGCUCGCUACAACAUGACGUACAAAGAAGUUUCCGACUCGUUCCACUGCAGCAUGGCGCUCGGAAUGGAGUCGGGAAAGAUUAGCGAUGAUCAAAUCAAGGCCUCGUCGAGCUUCUACGACAACCGUUGGUCACCACGCCAGGCUCGCCUCAACAACUAUGACAAUGCCUGGACACCGUCGGAGGACAGCAACAAAGAGUUCAUACAGGUUGACCUGCAGUUCCUCAAAGUUUUGACUGGAAUUUCAACCCAGGGGGCCAUUUCCAAGGAGACUCUGAAGUCUUACUACGUCACCACUUUCAAACUGGAGGUCAGCACCAACGGAGAAGAUUGGAUGAUGUACCGGCACAGCAAAAACCACAAGAUCUUCCAUGGGAACACAGACCCAACCGAGGUGGUUCUGAACCGCGUCCCACAGCCAGUGUUGGCCCGAUAUGUCCGGAUCCGACCGCAAACCUGGCAAAAUGGGAUAGCCCUGCGCUUUGAGCUUUAUGGAUGCCAGAUUACAGAUGCUCCGUGCUCAAACCUGCAGGGACUGCUGUCCGGGCUCCUUCCGGAUUCCCAGAUUACGGUCUCGUCCAGCAGGGACGUGGAGUGGAAUCCCGGGGCCGCUCGACUCGUAGCGAGCCGAUCCGGCUGGUAUCCUGCGCCUGCCCAGCCUAUAACUGGAGAAGAGUGGCUUCAGGUGGAUUUGGGGGUCCCGAAGCUGGUGCGUGGAGUGAUUACGCAGGGAUCUCGAGGAGGAGACCCAGGCAGUGGCGCCACAACGGAAAACCGGGCGUUUGUUAGGAAGUACAAAGUGGCACACAGCCUUGAUGCAAAGGACUGGAACUUUAUUAUGGACACCAAGACAAGCCUACCCAAGAUUUUUGAAGGGAACACGCACUACGACACCCCAGAGCUUCGACACUUUGAGGAGACAGUGGCUCAGUACAUCAGGAUCUACCCUGAGAGGUGGUCUCCAGGAGGGAUUGGGAUGAGAGUGGAGAUACUGGGAUGUGACCUUCCGGAAAUCAGCACUCCAGCCAGCACUGUCACAACAACUGUACCUCCGUACACAGAAACCACCACGGUUCCCGUCACCACUACAGUAGCGUCCCCUCCUCCUUCGGACUCCGUGUGUGAUUUUGAACACGGCCUGUGUGGGUGGACUCACGACCCCAACUCCCCACUGCUUUGGUCCAUGCACAGUCAAGCUCCCAACAGCUACAUCUACAUAGAUGCCAGCUUGAAGACAGAGCAGCAGAGAGCCAAACUCAUUAGCCCCACAGUAGCCGCCGACACAGGACCCCUGUGCCUCAUCUUCUCCUACCAGCUAUGGGGGGAGGCGCAGGGCCACCUGAGGGUACUGCUGAGGGACCCCCACAACGAGGAAUCCAUCCUGUGGACUCUGAAGGACGAUCAAGGCCCUGUGUGGAAGGAGGGUCGCACCAUCCUUCCCCGCUCUCCUAAAGACUUUCAGGUUGUGAUGGAGGGCUUCUUUGAGCGAGGCACCAGAGGACACAUCUGGGUAGACAACAUCCACAUGAGCUCCAACUCUCCUCUCAAAGAAUGUACACAGCCCAUCAUCGCCUUUUCUCCAGAAAACUCAGGGGGAGGUGUUCCUGUGCCUCCCUUGCACAUCCACUGGUAUUACAUAAUGGCUGCUGGUGGCGCCCUCCUUCUCCUGGCAGCAGCCAUCUUGGUCAGAGCUCUAUGUUGCUGUCGACAACACCUUGCCACCAAGAAGAGCCAGCUGUCAGUGGCCUAUCACAGCUCCUCGCAGUGCUUCCAGUAUUCUAACUGGUCUACCAGUAUGGCCACCCCCGGGGUGGAGCCAGUACUGACAGUGAGAUUGGACAGCCGGGACCGACACCGCACCCUCUGCUAAAGGGAGGCGUUUAGCGGUUGCAUCUUCUUGGCAGACAUGGAUGCCAACACCAGCAGCAUGAGUCCUACAAGAUGGACAACUCCACUUUGCAAACCUUUCUUUGGUUUUCCGGCUGCGUUGGUUGUAACGUCACCUGCCCUCUCUCCGAGACUCCACUGGAUGUAGCCACGGCUGCCAUCUUUGGUCCAUCAAGGAGUUUGCUCUUUUCCGGCUGACGUACGAGCUUGAAUAGGACCAUUGAGCUAUUCUCUACGGUCCUUCUAAAGCCACCCCAGCAUGGACGUACAUAAAGACAUGUGUGGCCUGGAGAAAAACAGGGUGGGGGCAGUUGGUUCUGUUGCAAGAGCCAGCAGAAGCUGCCAAACCACAAGGCUGAAACAAGCCCCCAGAGACAUGCGGAGCUUUGAAGCGCCACAAGAGAAAACUGUUAGGCAGAGGGAGGUCUUUCGGCGCACAGCGAAAAUGAACUGGAAAGAGUCCGAAACGGUGGCUCACUGUGUCUCUCGUAUGAGUUGUGCCACAGACCUUUUCAACAACGCAUGUGCACAUUUCCAAACCGCUGGAAUGCAAGAUUGUACAGCCCUGCACCCGCGUGGAGAUAAGCCGUUGAACAGCCUCUUCUGAUGAUCAGUCAUGGAUCCAGCCGCCUUCACUGCUUAGUGUUUCAUCUCAAUUCUUUGGCGUAAUAAAGCGCGCCGUUCCACCCCCGUUUAUGCUUCAUACCACCCCCUCCAGUUGUUCCCCUUGUCUUUGAGCUGCCCAGAUAAAAGCCUCUCAGCGAUAUGUCGUGUUUUUUAGUGUUAAAAUGUGCUUGUUGUUUUUAGGCUUGUAAAUAGAAACAGCUGUCUGCCAUCCCGACUUUCAAUUGAUUUAUUUCUCCUACAAAUCCCACAAUGCCGCUGGACCAGCUGCAAGCCAUGGGUUGCUUUUUUUUUAUUCUCUAACUAUCUGCUCUCAAUCAAAAGAUCCCAUAAAACCAGAGCAGACCUGCAGCCUUUAGUGCCAGAGCAGACAAAGCCAGUGCUCCUUCAACUAAUAUUUAUCACAUCUGGGAGGUAAAAGCCUGUUUUAUUGUGAAAUGUCUCAAAAAGUGUGACUGAGGUUGACAAGUUGGCACCAAUUCCUCCCUCAUCAGUCACUGCAGAGGAUGUGAGAGCUGACACAAGCUCAGCAGGUUUAAAUGAAAUUGAGGUCUUCACUCCGAGACUUAACCUGGAACUGCUUUCUGGGUCUGUCACAGCUGCAAAAAUCCAUCACCCGCUACCCCACAGCUCAGCAGAAUGCGCCUCAAUUGGUUUACACAAUUACAGAGCUGCACUUUUCUCUCCAGAGUGAAAAAAAAAUAAAUGUAUAUAUUUUUGGCACACUCCUACUUUGUGCUUUUAAAUCAACUUGGGGACGAAGGGGGAGGGAAAGGGACACCAUACCUGAUCCAUCCCGACACCCAUUAUGCACCAAGCUUCUAAUAGUUGUAAUUAGUUAAUGGAUAGAUAACAUUUAUUAAGGCUGUGGUAAGCACUUUUCUACCCCCCCUCCACAUGUACCGCACCUCCAUCGCUCAAGCCGCUGCCAACUCCCGUUGCUGUGGAAACAGCAUCGAUAAUGCCAUUGGCCAUCAAAGGCCCCCAGAUCUAGACGAGUGCCUUGCCAAGCAGCUACUCCCACUCCACAUUGCUUGCCAAGACCAGCAAACACAAACAAAUACACAAAGUGAAGCGAAAAACUAGUGUACAGUUGAAGUGCUGCUCAGAAUGGACAGUAGCCACUGGUUUUCUUCUAUCGGCAAAUCAUUCUUAAUUUUUAUGGUGCUGAUUGUACUUAUCUUGUGAUGUUUUGUGUUUGUAUUAACUCAGAAUGAGCAGUCUUAUACCAUCAAUGUCUAAUGAGUGUUUGAAAGGAAUGUUUCUCUAAUAAUAAAGCAGUAUUUUUAUAUUAAACAAGACCCUGAAAUAUCUGUGUCUCUUCCAGCA